AUGGCGUUCCUGUUCAAGUCGAAGAAGAACCAGGACCGGGCUCUCGCCAGUCGCGAUGGCACCUCGGGGUCCCAGGGCUCGAUUCAGAGCGCCAGCGCCAGAGUGGCCAAGGACGAAAAGGCUGCCGCACAACGAUCGACCCCAACCGGCAGCAUGAACUCGUUCGGCGAGGAGGGCAGCGUAGGAAGCCCAGACCAAGCACUCGGCCGCCAACGAGGGCCCAGUGUCGACCAGGCGCCGUCUGCGCCCAGCGAUUUGCCGUUUCGCAACAGUCCACAGAUGCAGUCGCAGCCUCAGCAGCAACCCCUGCAACAGACGCAACAGCCACCACCACAACAGCAGAACCCAAACUCUGCCCUGUACCCUUGGUCGCAACGACGCCUGACAUAUACAUCUGCACACCCUCCUCCUUUCCCGAGGUAUGGCGCCGCUGUCAACUCGGUGGCGUCGAAGGAGGGCGACAUCUACUUGAUGGGCGGGCUGAUCAACAGUUCGACGGUCAAGGGAGAUUUGUGGAUGAUCGAGGCCGGCCAGACCAUGGCUUGCUAUCCCCUGGCAACGACAGCCGAAGGCCCUGGUCCUCGUGUCGGUCACUCGAGUCUUCUUGUUGGUAACGCAUUCAUUGUUUACGGAGGAGAUACCAAGGUGGAGGAAACCGACGUCCUCGACGAGACCCUGUACCUGCUCAAUACUUCCACAAGACAAUGGUCACGAGCUCUGCCUUCAGGGCCCCGCCCCUCAGGACGUUACGGUCACUCGCUCAAUAUCCUUGGUUCCAAGAUCUACGUCUUUGGUGGACAGGUUGAGGGUUACUUCAUGAACGACCUGUCUGCUUUCGAUCUCAACCAGUUACAGAUGCCCAACAACCGAUGGGAACUGCUCAUCCAGAACAGCGACAGCGGAGGCCCUCCUCCCGGCCAGGUCCCUCCUGCGCGAACGAACCACUCGGUAAUAACUUACAACGACAAGAUGUACCUCUUUGGCGGCACCAACGGCUACCAGUGGUUUAACGACGUCUGGUGUUAUGAUCCCGCACUCAAUGAGUGGUCACAGAUGGAUUGCAUAGGAUAUAUCCCCGUCCCGCGCGAGGGGCACGCCGCUACCGUCGUUGACGAUGUCAUGUACAUCUUUGGAGGCCGGACGGAAGAGGGAGCUGACCUCGGCGAUCUGGCUGCCUUCAGGAUAACCUCGCGCCGAUGGUACACCUUUCAAAACAUGGGGCCGUCGCCAUCGCCGCGAUCCGGCCACAGCAUGACCACCGUUGGGAAGCAGGUUGUGGUUGUUGGUGGAGAACCGAGUUCUGCCCCUGUCAAUGCUGGCGACCUUGGCAUUGUCUACACACUGGACACGACCAAGAUUAGAUACCCAAAUGAUGCUCAGGCACAACAGCAGCAACAACUGCAGCAACAGCAACAGAACGCGCAAAAGGGCAUGCAAGCCAGGAGACCCAGCGGUGCCGCCGAAACAAAUCCAACCCGCCAAAUGGCAUCCAGAGAUGGGUCGCAGGGGCCUCCCGAGCUCCGGAGACCUGCUGGGGGCCCUCAAAAUCCUAACGGGAUCAGCAGCCCUCCGAACGGCUUCCGCGCCGGGCCAGGCACACCCGAGGUCAAUGGCUCGGUUGUCGCAGGUGUGGCAGCAGCUUCGAGACUACCUCGCGGCGCUGGGCCGUCGCCUCCCGCCGGUCCUCCACCGCAAGGCCCCACGCCAGCCAAGCCCACUGUGCAGACUUCGAACCUAAUCAGGAGUCGUGGCCCCUCGACGGAGCGUGAAGCCACAAACUCUUCUCCUCAGAUCGGCUCAACGCGACAAUCACCCGUGACUCGAGACGUGGCAAAGGAGGUUGAAUCGCCAAUCGUCAAUGGAAGGCGGACACCCACACAACAAGUCGUGCGAACAGGCUCAAAGUCGGAGCCCACUCCUGCAGAGCUUAUCAAGUCAAGGUCUCGGCAGGGCAACCGAUCUCAAGGGUCUGUCGACAGCACGGCCGAGCCCAGUAUGAAGCCAGUCCAACAGCAGGUGCAGCAAACACAAACUCAGGCGCAACCAGUUCAGCAAGCGCCUCGAGCCGCCUCGCCCCCUCCACCGACCCGCCAACCAAGCAACCCUCUGUCUCGAAGGUCAUCAGGACGAAACUCGCAGACCGUCGUCUUGCUCAAGGAGCUCGACUCUUCGCGUAACCGGAACGCCUGGUACGCAUCUGAGCUGGAGCUCGCCCGCAAGGCCGGCUACGUGCCCAACGCAACGCUCAGUCCUGUCCUGGAUAGCCGGGCUACGGAAACGUUCGAUGACGAAGACAAGCCGUUGAUUGAGGCUUUGUUGGCAAUGCGCACCGAGCUUGCAAGCGUCCAAAGCGCCGUUGACAAACAGGCGAUCCUCGCGGCCAAGCAGAUUGCCGAGGCCGAAAAGCAGCGUGACGCUGCCAUUCAAGAAGCUGUAUACUCACGCGCCAAGCUCGCUGCGCACAUGGGCGGCAGCACGGCCAGCACCCCACAGCUCGAUUCGGAUCGCGAUGCCGAUGACCGUUCAAACGAGAUCAGCAAGAAGCUUGCUGCCGCUCUCAACUACCAGAAGAGCCUGCAGGCCCAACUGGAGACCAUGAAGACCGAACUCGAGGCCGAGAAACGGGCUCGCCAGCUAGCCGAUGAUACUGCCAACGCUUCCCAGAAGCGCAUGGCCGAGCUGGAGACGUACAAGACGAUGAACUCGCCCGAGUUGGAGCGUCUCAAAGCUGAACUGCACAUGAUUCAGCGCGAGGCGCGCGAGCAAUCCGUUAAGUUUGCCGAGGUCACAGCAGCGAUGCAACUCUUGCAAGUGGAGAAGGAUGAGUUCCAAACCAAGUACACGGACUCCAUCGGCAACUCCAAGGAGCAAAACCAAACAUUUGACUCGCUGCGAGAGGCUGUGGCUGCUUCUGCCGAAAUGAAACUGCUCCUCGAACGUAAGCUGGACGAGGAACGUACGCUGCGGGAGAAGAUUGACGGCAAAUUCACCAAGCUCAAGGCUGAACACGAGGCUCGCACGGCUGAGCUGGUGGCUGUCACACAACGUCUCCGCGAUGCCGAGGAGAUCUCGGAGAAACAUGCCCAAGAAGCAAGGACUCACCGCCAGGCUGUGAUGGCUGGAUUUGAGAAGCUUUCUACACGGGAUGUCGGCGGUGGAAGCAAGGCAGACUCAGAUCGCCUCGCGGCUCUCCAGGGCCAGCUUGCCGCGUCCAAUGCACUGGUCAAGAAGAGCGUAUUGCAGGGCCUUGAGGUUUACCAAGAGCAGUCCAGCCGCGAGGGCGUGGCUAUUCGUCUACAGCUCCAGGCUGCCCUCCGUGACACUCAGUCCCUACAGGCUCUCAACUCGGACCUCAAACACCAGCUUCAGAACCAACAGCUCGAGACCAACGCCAUGAGCGUCCAGCACAACACUCUGAAGGACAUUUUGAUCGAACGCGGGAUCAGCCCGAAUGGCAUGCCACGCUCCCGCAGUGUGGGCAGUCCCCGUGGGAACUCGCCUGAACAAGCCCGAAUCCGCGAGCUGGAAGAUCAGCUUCAUGCGGCGGCAUCGAACCACGAGGACAACACGCAACGCAAUGCCAGCCAUCUGGAAGCAACCGAGAAUGCGUACCGGGAGAAGUUGUCGCAGCUUGAAAACGACUACCAGUCGGCCGUCCACUACGUCAAGGGCACGGAGAAGAUGCUCAAGCAGCUUAAGGAGCAGCUUGCUCGCUACAAGACUGAAAACGCGCGUCUCAAAUCGGAAGUUGAAGAUCUUGAGGAUCGGGUUCAAGCUGCGCCUUCCGACGCCGCACCUGCCGACUGGGAGACAGAGCGAGACGCGCUGCACCAGAAGAUCAAUUCGCUGCAGGAGGAGGUCCGCGUGUCUGGAGCUCAACUGGAACAGCAGCUCAUGGCUGUCAAGAAGGAGCUCGAGGAGGCACGCACGCAGCGAGACACGGCCCUCGAGAGCAGUGAGGAGACGUCGCGAACCUUGACGACGAGUCGUCGUGAUCUUGAGCAGUUGCAGCAAGAAAAUUCUCUCCUAGAGCGUCGUGCACAAGAUGCCGAGCAGAAGGUGUCUCUGCUACUUGACCAGGUGGAAACUUCGGUGGACAACUACCGACGCCGCAGCCGUCAAGCACCAAGCAUGACCUCGGAGCUGACAAUCUCGGGCCCGACAAACGGCGUCCCCAACCCAGGCCACACGCGCCAGGAGAGCUCCGAUGCCGAGAGCGCCUAUGGCGGCACCGUCCCAGGAGGGGAACGCAACAGCGGUGGCAUUGACGCGCGCAAUAGCACCGCCCUCGACAAUCUUGCCACGGAGCUCGAGACGCUGCGCACGCAUUGGGAGGCCACGAACAAGAACUACCGUCUCAGCAACACGUUCGACUUUGACACGGUUGCGGCGCCCGCUCGGCGCGACGAUGAGGGUGGCAUCGGGCUCAGCGAGAGUCUGGCCGACUGGCGCAAGCGGCUUGACGUCGAAGAAGGGGUCGGCGAUGUCGGCGAGCCAUCGAAGAGCAAGAGCCGACCGGAGCGACCCUAG